AGUUUAUCGCUUAUAUAUACUAUUUCCGGGAAAAAUGGCUGCCGCACAGAUGGAGGUAGAUACAGAAAAUUCUACCGGUCCUGGAACCGCUAGUGAUAAAGGGCCAAGAAAACGAUUUGAAGUGAAAAAGUGGAAUGCUGUUGCUCUAUGGGCAUGGGAUAUUGUCGUGGAUAACUGCGCCAUUUGCCGAAAUCACAUUAUGGAUCUUUGCAUUGAGUGUCAAGCCAAUCAAGCUUCUGCGACUAGCGAGGAAUGUACAGUUGCAUGGGGCGUAUGCAAUGUUUCACGCCUUUCACUUCCAUUGCAUAUCGAGAUGGCUCAAAACUCGUCAAAUAUGGCCAUUAAAAAAAAAUCUAAGGAAAUUACCAAAUUUCGUGCAGAGAGCUCAUCUGUUCUUAGCAAUAAUGGGACAUACAUUUUUGACACUCAUGUGACAAUGGAGAAAAUAAAAUUAUAUAAAAAGGGAACCUGUUCAUUUGAAAUUAUCAUUUUGUUUAAAAUGAACAUGGUGAAAACAUCUAUAGUUCUCUUCGCUGUUCUAGCAGUAACGUUUGCUAGAGAUUAUAAUCAUAGAGAUCGUAAUUACGACGACGACAAUAAUGGAAGAUUCAUGAAGAAGAUGGAAGAUAAUUUCAAUAGAAACGAUUUUCAUGAUCGUAAUGAAGAGUUUCAGAGAAAUUAUAAUUUCAAUGAGAACUCUCAAAGAGAUAGAAGAAAUUAUCGUGAUUUCAAUGAUAGAGAUAGUCAGUCAUUUGGAUUCUCUAGAAAUUUUCAAAAUUGGAACGUUGUACGAAUGAUGAGGGAUAGAUUUCAGAGUAGCUGCUCUCAAAGAAACAAUAACAAAUCUCCUAGAGAAUUUUACAAUAGAGCAUAUAAUUUUGUGAAUGGACAAGAAAUGAAUAACUUUAGACAUGAUAUGAUGGAAAGUGCUAAAAAGAAUCAUUUCAGAUGGAACAAUGAAAAAUACAGACAUUUUGCCCAACAAUUCGGAAAUUUCGCAAGGGAGUUUAGAUGUUUUUCCCAUAAUCAUCAUUCAGAUAGAUCUUACAAUGGCUAUUGCUAUAAAUUUGGCUCAUUCCUUAACAGAUGCGAGGAAGAUAACUCAUGUCGAAGACAUAGCAGACAGUUGGCCAACUUUUACGAAAAUGAUAUGGAAUGUUUCAAGCAACGCUUCCAAACUGCUAGACAAAAUAACGGAAAUUCCGGGAAUAAUGAAUUCGAUGACGACUUCUUCUAUAUGUCUGCAUCUCUUUACGACUACUUCAGAAUUUUUGGAAAUAAUGAGCAUUUCAAUUGGAAUCAAUUGUACUUUAACAGAGCUAGACAAAAUCGUUUCCAAAAUGAGAAAAAAAACGAAGAAGCUUUAAAUGAUUUAAAUGAGUUUUAUUCUCAAGAUAAGAAUUAA